CCGCUUGUACCAACAGGAAUAGCUUCGUCGACAUGCGCCCGCGAAUAUUGAUGUAUUAUCCCUGUCGUAUCUUUACGGCUCCAUACCGCUGGUAUUCGUCGCUGGGCUCCGAAGGUCCGUCGUAUGACUCGAAGGUCUAUGCGCUGCCGUUCCAAACUUCGCUGUCGAUGGCUCGUGAGGUGAUUCAAAUCGCUGCUGAAGAGCGUCUUAACACUGUGGACAACGCAUUCAAAUCCCUUCGAGAAAAUAUGGAAAUAACUUCUGGCGAUAAUUGUUUCGUGAAUGACUGGACUUUCAAGUUGCGGACAGUUCGUGCGUUUUAUCUACCGACGUGGUACACUUGGGCGGCAUUACGAUUGAAAAUGAGCAUUGGGACAGAAGAGGAAUUUUCUCAAGGUGAACGGGAAGAGGUUGAUGCAUAUGUACGAGUACUGUUACCAGGUCACUCACGAGAGCCACUGUGUCGUCUGUUUCUCCCCAAUCUGCCCAAAAAGCUCUGGCCGGUGCCAUUCAGCCAGUCACUUUUGCGAACGAAGUGGGGAGACCCUGUCAUCGCUCUUCCUUUUUCUAUUUCUCCUUUCCGAAUUCCGAAACUUGAACCAUCGACGGAGUGGGAGCAUGUUUCCGGCGCCGAGUUCAACUUAUAUGUCUCUUGGAAAACUAAGAUAUCCCUAGGUUUUCUUCUUUCCUCUCCUCUAUCCGAUA